AUGAGAGUUUAUAAUUCUUCACUACAGCACGCAAUUGAACAGGAAAAUCUAGUUUUUCACGAUAUCAUAGAGGGGAAAUUUAUAGAUUCCUAUCGUAAUUUGACUCUUAAAGGAGUGUUGGGAUUCAAAAGGAUUUCCGAAAAUUGUCGAAAUGCUGAAUUUGUUGCCAAAAUAGAUGAUGAUGUGAUUGUCAACUUCUUUAAACUUUUGCGAUAUUUUUCGUUCAUUAAAUUAAGGAGAUAUUUGAUGUGUAAUAAGGUGAAAUCAAACGUAUUUCCGAUACAGCGUAAUGCAAGUGAUAAAUGGAAUGUGUUCAGCGAUGAGUUUAAAAGGAUGAUACGUUAUCCAUAUACUUCUUGUUUAGGUCCGGCAGUAUUUAUAUCUAAAGAUCUGAUUCCGAUUGUAUAUACGACUGCAUCAAUGUCGCAAUUUUUCUGGAUAGUAGAUAUUUAUCUGUUCGGAAUACUUCCCUCAAAGAUUCCAGGUUUAGUUUACCACAGGAUCAAUCAGAAUGUUUCAUAUACUUACCAAUACACAGCAGACUGUUUUGGAAAGCAAAAAAAAGAAUGUGAUUUGAUAGUGGAAAUUAGAGAAACAUAA